CAUGAGGAGGUCUCAUACACGGUCGCCUUUCGAAUCACUCGCGACUCUGUUUUGCACAACCCUAACUCCUCUUUCUCUCUCUGUCUUUUUUUCCUUUCCUGAGCCACUGUGGUCGUCGUCGUCUUCUUCUUAUUCUUCUUAUUCUCCUUGCUUCUGCGGUUAGGGUUUUCUCCAGGGAAUGCAUCAGGAUGAGGAGAUCGAGCCCUGAUCUCGCCGGGAAACGGAAGAAGCACGGCGGCCGCAGCUGCCACCGCAAGCACGUCGAAGACGGGUAGCUGAUUCGUCGUCUGUCAGCAUCGUCGUCGUCUUCUUCUUGUGCGUACGUACGUGCUCUUCUUAAUUUUCGUCGUCCAGUUCCCUGGUCUCCGAUCGAUCGAUCGAUCGAUCGGAAGCUAGGUCUAGGUCUAGGUCUAGGUCUAGGUCUAGCUCGCGAGAGGGGAGGGGAAGAGAGAAAGAGAGACGUCGUCGAACGCAGCUAGCGAGGCAUGGAGGAGGCGGGGGAUGUAGCGAAGGUGGGGGGCGGGGUGCUGGAAGGGCGGUACGAGGUGGGGCGCGUGCUGGGGCAGGGGAACUUCGCGAAGGUGCACCUGGCGCGGGACGUGCGCACGGGGCGGAGCGUGGCGAUGAAGGUGGUGGCGAAGGAGAAGGUGAUCCGCGCGGGGAUGAUGGAGCAGAUCAAGCGCGAGAUCGCGGUGAUGAAGAUGGUGAGCCACCCGAACAUCGUGGAGCUGCACGAGGUGAUGGCGACGCGCUCCCGCAUCUACCUGGCCAUGGAGCUGGUCCGCGGCGGCGAGCUCUUCGCCCGGAUCGCCCGCGCCGGCCGCCUCCGCGAGGACGCCGCGCGCGGCUACUUCCGGCAGCUGAUCUCCGCCGUCGACUUCUGCCACGGGCGCGGCGUCUACCACCGCGACCUCAAGCCCGAGAACCUGCUCCUCGACGACGCCGGCAACCUCAAGGUCGCCGACUUCGGCCUCAGCGCGCUCGCCGCCCACGUCCGCGGCGACGGCCUCCUGCACACCACCUGCGGCACCCCGGCCUACGUCGCCCCGGAGGUCAUCGGCAAGAAGGGCUACGACGGCGCCAAGGCCGACCUCUGGUCCUGCGGCGUCAUCCUCUUCGUCCUCCUCGCCGGCUUCCUCCCCUUCCACGACGACAACCUCGUCGCCAUGUACAAGAAGAUCCACCGCGGCGACUUCCGCUGCCCGCCCUGGUUCUCCUCCGACGCCCGCCGCCUCAUCACCCGCCUCCUCGACCCCAACCCCGCCACCCGCAUCACCGUCGCCAAGCUCGUCGAUUCGCCCUGGCUCAAGAAGUCGUCCUCGCCCUCCGUCCCGAUCCGACCGGCCGCCAAGGACGCUGCAGAAUUAUUCGACAAGAACAAGGACAAGGACAAGGACAAGGACCGGGAGAAGGAGAAGGAGAAGGAGAAGGAGGAGCCGGAGACGCUGAACGCGUUCCAUCUGAUAUCGCUGUCGGAGGGGUUCGACCUGUCGCGGCUGUUCGAGGAGGGGCGGGAGGAGGGCCGGGGCACGAUGCGGUUCGCCACGAGGGAGACGGCGAGCGGGGUCAUAUCGCGGCUGGAGGGGGUGGCGGCGCGGAUGGGCGGGACGGCGCGCGUGACGCGGAGCGGCGCCGCGGGGGUGCGCCUGGAGGGCGGGCAGGACAAGGGCCGCAAGGGAAGGCUCACCGUGGCCGCCGAGAUCUUCGCGGUGGCCCCGUCCGUGCUCGUCGUCGAGGUCAAGAAGGACGCCGGCGACGCCCUCGACUACCGCCACUUCUGCGCCGAGGAGCUCCAGCCCGCCCUCAGAGACAUUGUCUGGGGCUCCUCCGACUCCGCCGCCCCUCCAACCGCCGCGACCGUCUAGACCACUGUUUCAAGCAGCGGGCUGCCCGUUGGUUGUGCAUUAUUCAGGUUUCUCUUUUAAUUGCGUUUGUUGCACCAUUAUUGCUCUCAAUCUUUGUCCGUUGUUUUAUCCAUUCUCCUUAAUUCUUGUAAUUGAGUACGUACUUUCUAUUUUCCGAGCAAAAAUUUGGCUUAUCGUAAUAACAAGAAUUGUUCGCCGGAUCAGUAUGAAAUAUAUAUCUUGGAUGUAUCAUGUAUA